AUGGCUAAAGUUGUGGUUGUCGGUGCAGGUAUCUCUGGUUUGAGUGUCGCACACUCUUUAUUGGAAUUAUAUGGUCGUGAUAAGAUUGAAGAAUUAGUUAUCAUCGCUCGUGAUAUCCCAGGUACUUUUACAUCGUACGAUUACACUUCACCUUGGGCAGGUGCCAAUUGGGAUUCUUUCGCAGCACCAGAUGAUCAUGCUCAGAUUAAAAGAGAUACGGUGACUUAUGAGUGGUUCACUGAAUUGGCUAGAUCCAAACCGGAGACUGGGGUGAAAGAGUACACAUUGAAGCUGGUGACAAGAAAGGAGACCAUACCAUGGUUUGUUAGAGAUAAUUUUGUCAGAGAUUUGAAGCAAAUGUCUGAAGAAGAAUUAAAGUACAGAAAUUUGGAUCCGCAAGACUACCAUGGAUUCGAAUUCACUACUUUCACUGUUACUCCAUCUACUUAUAAGUUCUGGAUGGUCAAUGAGAUUAAGAAAAUGGGUGGUAAACUCAGACAACUGGCAAAGAUUGAUGCCAUUGAGAAUAUUCCUGAAAUCGUUGGAUUUGUGCCAGAUUUGGUAAUCAAUGCUACGGGUGUUCAUGCAGGUCAAUUCUUGAGGCAUUAUGAACCCUCAGAGGUUGAAAAGGUGUACCCAGUGAAGGGUCAAAUCGUUCAGAUUUAUGAGGAUUUACCUUUCCAAAUUGUUGUGGAACCGUUGCCAAAGGAUGAUAAUCCUGCAAGCGAUCAAUUCUUGAACAUGUUCCCUCGUGGUGACGGUGGUUGUAUUAUCGGUGGUAUUAUGAGGAAAAACGAUUGGUCAAAUACCGUUGACGAUGAAUUGACAAAGAAAAUCGUUGAAGUUUGUAAACGCCAUACACCAGAGUUGAAAAAUCCAACCAUCUAUAACUCUUAUGUGGCAUUGAGACCAGGAAGAAAAGAUGGUGUCAGAGUUGAAUACUCUGAGUUCGAUUUACCAAAAAAUCAAGGGAAACUCAAGGUGAUCCAUAACUACGGGAUUGGGGGAGCUGGUUACCAAGCAUCCCGUGGUCUUGCCUUGGAGGCUUCCGCUUUAGCUGCUGCUAAUGUGUUAGGUCUACCUAAGUUUAUCUCAAGAAAAGCUUGUCCAUACAAAUUAUGA